UUCAGUUUAGUUACGAUUUCGAAAACGAACCGACGUCCGCCGCCGGCACUUACCGAGUUUCGAUCAGUUUCGAAUAUUUCAGUACCCACUUCCGGUCCAGUUCCGUUGUAAUUGUGUUUGUGAGUGUGAUUUGUGGAUUGGAUUUUUACUUUUGUUGUUGGUUUUCCCAGCGACGGCAGCUUUCCCCCGCCAGUAAUGACAAACAGCUAGCAAUAUGGGGGUGGCCGACGAUUUUGCCCCAAGCUUCACGCAGAAGCCGCAGCUGAGGCAGGAGGAUGAUGGGAACAAGCUGGUCUUCGAGUGCCAGCUCUUCGCAGGUCCCAAGCCUGAAAUCAGCUGGUAUCGCAGUGAUGAACUGCUGAAAGAGGAUAAUAGGACACAGUUUAAAAUCCAGAGUGUGGCAAACAACCAGUACCUGGUGGUUUUGGAACUAGAUGAUGUGGUCGAAACAGACGCUGGACUUUACAAGGUUAAAGCUAAGAAUAAGAUGGGCGAGGUGGCCGCCUCCAUCAAUCUUAACUUUAGCCCUGCAGACGAAGAAAAACAGAAACAAGUAGACGGUAAGGCGCCAACGUUCGCGCGCAAGCCAGCAAUCCGACAAGAAGACGACGGCAAGCGAUUGAUCUUCGAGUGCCGCAUUGAAGCUGAGCCAGUGCCCAAUGUCAGCUGGUCUCAUAACGGGACCGGUGUCUCUCCCGGUGCUAGACACAAGUUAACUGUUAACAAGGACGGCAAAUCUUAUUACGCCUCGCUGGAAAUCAACAAUGUGACUGUUGAAGACGCGGGCAAAUACAGAGUGACCGCUAAGAACGAACUAGGAGAGAGUAACGCUACAAUAAGUUUAAACUUUGACAGCGAUGAAGCGCCCGUACCUGAAGAUUAUAUUAAACCAACUUUUACGGAGAGACCAGUUAUCAGACAAUCGGAAGAUGGUACCAAAAUAACGUUUGAAUGUCGAUGUGUUGGCAAACCGAAACCAACCAUUACAUGGUAUCACGGCAAAAAGUUAGUUAAGGAAAGUAGUCGUUACAAAAUAUCGCUCGAAGAGGAUCAAACGCUGUAUCACAUUGCGCGACUUGAAAUAAUAAACGUAGAGAAUGCAGAUAAAGGUGAAUAUAGGGCUGUUGCCAAAAACAAGCACGGUGAAGGCGUAGCAAAGAUCAAUUUGAAUUUCCAAAGCGGGGACAAACCUAAAAUUCCCGACGGUAAAGCACCCAGAUUUCCCAAGAAGCCUACUAUUAGACAAGAGGGUGAUAUUCUCAUUAUGGAAUGUAUACUAGAAGCUCAUCCAUUACCAGAUAUAACAUGGUUUCAUGGAGAUAAAGAAAUAAAGGACGGCGUUAAGAUGAAAAUGUCUAGGAAAGCUAUUGGAAAAGACACGUACAAUUUAACGUUAGAAAUAUUAAGCCCCACUGCAGAAGAUGGUGGAAAUUAUAGAUGUAACGCCUUUAACUUGUUUGGCGAGAGUAAUGCUAACAUUGCCCUCAAUUUCCAAGGUGGGGAUGACGAAAAUGGUUUCGCACCUUCGUUUAUUGAGAAACCGAGAAUUAUUCCCAAUGAAGAUGGCACGCUCAUCACAAUGCGUUGUAUUUGCAAGGCUAAGCCGGCGGCUGAAGUCACGUGGUACAGGGGAUCAACCGUUAUUAAAGCUAGUAGUAAAAUUCAAAUCAAAUCAUCAGUUAUUAGCGAAGAUGUUUAUGAAUUAGUGUUACUUUUAUCAAACCCGACUGCAGCGGAUGGUGGCGCUUACCGCUGUCAUGUCGUAAAUGAAUUCGGAGAAAGUAACGCUAAUCUGAACUUAAAUAUUGAAGCAGAACCAGAGCCUGAGGGUGAAGGUCCGACAUUUGUUGAAAAACCAACUAUUCAAUCAAAGGACAAUGGAAAAUUAGUAGUUAUGGGUUGCAAAGUUAAAGCUAGCCCAAAACCAACGAUCGUCUGGUACCACGAGGGUAAAGAAAUAAAGGACUCAUCAAAAAUUAAAACCAGGAUCGAAGUGAAAGAAGAUAUUUAUACCAUAAUAUUAGAACUUAUCGAUCCUGGAAUUGAAGACUCCGGAUUGUAUAAAUGCAAUAUUAAAAAUGAACUUGGGGAGCUCAACGCGAAUUUAACGCUCAAUAUUGAAAUCAUUCCAGUUAUUAAAGAGAAACCAAAGAUCAUUAAAAUAGUUAAGAAGAAGACUGUGAUUGUUGAAUGUAAAGUAUUAAGUAAAUUUGCUCCUGCGUGUACGUGGUAUAAAGAAGCUAGUGCCGUUAAAGAAAGUUCGAGACAUACAGUUUUGAUAGAACCAUCCAGAGAGGGUGAAUUUACAGUUAAGUUAGAAAUUUCGAAUGUUAACCAACAAGAUAAAGGUUCUUACAAAUUAGUUGCUAAAAACGAAAAAGGUGAAGCCACUUCACAAGUCGUGGAGAUCACCGAGAUACCUGAAGAAAAGGGUGAAAAGCCAUAUAUCAUCAAACAUUUUAGAAGCUUGGCUAAAAAAGAAAACGAAGAAGCUGAAUUUGUUGCUAUUUUGAAAACAUCUGAUCAAUCAUGUAGAUGUACAUGGUACAAAAAUUCAACGGUUAUAAGAGAUUCUUCAGAAAUAAAUACAUCAUUUGACGGUACAAACGCUCGCCUUAUUAUAAGAAAGGUGACAUCGAAAUAUGUCGCAAAUUACAGAGUUGUAAUAAGAAAUGAAUAUGGAGAGGAUGAGUCUAGUGCAGAUUUAACACUUGUUGAGGAAAAGGAACAGAAAAAACAAGCGGAAGAGGAAGAAACUACUAUCAUCGAACAGAAAAAGGCAGCUGCUAAAAAGGUUACAAAGAAACAGGAAAUUAAAAUUGAAACUCAAAAUGAAGAAGUCUCAGUUGAAGCAAACAAGUCUGAAACUAAAUCUGAGGCUAAAAAAGUUGAGACUAAAGUUCAAGAAACUAAGAAGGCUGAAGUAGAGCAAGAAGAGACCAAAAAAAUCCUAGAGAAGAAGACUGCAAAGACAGAGGAAGAGAAAAAAGCACUCUUAGAAAAGAUUGAAAGUAAGAAAAAACCAGAGCCUGAACCAGAAAAGAAAAUUGAAGGAAUUCCCAAGCUCAAACCAGUUAAGCCAAAAGAAGAACCAAAGGAGGAGACAGAAAAAACUACAAAGAAAACAGAAGAAAAGAAGAAAGUUAUUAAAAAGAAGAUUAUUAAGAAGAAAGAAGAGGAUGAAUUCAACUUUGAUGACGAUUAUGAGCGCCCUGUUCUGGAGAAGUACGAAAGAAUCACACCUACACCACUCCAAAAAACACCUAAGGUUGAUGAAACACCAAAGACCAAGCGUGCUUCAAUUUCUGAAAGUACCAAGAAGCGACAAGGAGAACCAGAAGAGAGACCUCAAGAUACUCCGACUGUAGACAAAGACCAUAAAAUUGAUACAAAUGACGAGGUUAUUGAGGAAACACGAAGAACAAGUAUUAAAAAAGGUAUUCGGAAACCUGAAGAACCUAUUGAUGAAAUAUCACAGGUUAAAUUAUCAAAAACUCCUACAAAACCAACUGAAAUACAAACCGACGAGCCCCAAACUGCUCAAUCUAAAAAGGCGGUUAAAAAGCCUGAAGAACAGAAAGAGUUUGUCGAUGAUUACGAAAGACCAGACCUUGAAAAAUACGAUAAGGUCUCUCCAUCGGCUCUUGAUAAAACAAAGAAAGAAAAUGGUGUUUCUGAGGAACCAUCAAAGUAUGUAGACGAUUAUAAAAAGCCUGAGCUUGAAAACUACGAAAAAGUUACACCUACACCAAAAGAUAUACGUCGUCCAAGUGAUAGUCAGGAUGAGACGGAUAUGAUGACUGGUAAAAUUAAGCCUAAACCAAAAGAUGGUGAAACAGAAAUGCCUGCACUCCGAAAGCGAACUAUCGUUAAAGAUAAGGAGGAGGAGAAAAAAUCUGAUGAGAAACCUAAGCCCAAAACUACCAAGAAAGAUGACACUAAACCAAAGAAACGUCCAUCUCUUAAACAGAAAGAGGUUGAUGAAGAAGAAUUUAUUGAUGAUUAUGAGAGGCCAGUUCUUGAGAAAUACGAAAGAAUUACUCCGACUCCUAUAGCGAAAAAGAAGAAGGAGGAAAACCUUACAAAAGAUAUCACCUCUACUUCAUCCGUACAACGUCAGUCAGUAAAAGAUAAUGAUAUACCUGAGCCAAUGGAAAUUGACGAGAAUGAAGAUUAUUCAGGAACAGAAUACAAACCUAAAUCAAAGAAAGAUGAAGACACAACAAAAACACAAACUUACCAAAAUGCACAAAAUGAACCAAUGGCAGAAGACGAUUUUGUAGAAACACACACAAAAUCGGUAGGGCCAAAGAAAGAAGAAGCGCAAAAGUAUCCUUCUUUGAAUAACAAAGAGGACAUUCCGAAACACACUGACGACAGAAACCAAACAAAUCCCGAAAAAGAUAGCAAAUAUGUAUCUUCACCUACAGAUACUGAUAGACCAAUUAAAGUAAAGGAUGAUGAUGAGCCGGUCAUUGAUAAAUCAAAACGUAAAGAAAGCCUCACUAAAACUAAAUCGGAAGUAUCAGAUGAACUAGAAGAAGUUGAAAAACCACUUCUCCGCAAACAAUCUAUUAAAACAAAGAAUGAUGAGAAGACAACUGAUGAUAAAGAAAAUAUUACACCGAUGAAAAAAGUUAAAACAAUUUCUAAAAAGCGCCCUUCUUUAAAAACAAAAGAGGUUGAUGAAGAAGAAUUUGUCGAUGAUUAUGAGAGACCUGUCCUUGAAAAAUACGAAAAAAUCACGCCAACACCAAUUGAAAAAAAGAAAAAGGAAGAAAAGACACCAGAGGAUGUUCCUUCUUCAACUGUUCAGAGACGCCGUUCGGUCAAAGGCAAAGAUAAACCAGAGCCGAUGGACGUUGAUGAAAGUGUCAAUUUGUCUGCACCGAAAAAACCAGGAAAGCCUGAACCAGAAGACGUUACACUUACACACAAAACACCCGCUGAUACUACACCCACGGUGGAUGAAGCCGAAGCAAAACUAAAGGUUAAAAAACCUGAAGUUGUUGAAGACGCAACCAUCAAACGACCUUCGGAUAAACCUAAAAAGAUGUUUACCAACCCUAUUAAAUCAAAGUCAGAACUGCCAAUAGAACGAAGAUUCUCAUAUAUUAUAAAGGGAGAGGACACCGAAGAGUCAGUCAGCCUCACCAAACCCAAAACUAAGACAAGCACAACUGCACCUGAAGAUGCAUCACUGACACAAAAAACUUCAUCAAAGAAAAAACCGACGGAGGGUUCUGAAGCUGCUAAGCUCAAAAUUAAAAAGCCAGCUGUCGUUAAGAAAGAUAAUGAAGAUGAUGUUGGGGAACCACUCACGAUACAAGGUGGUAAAUUCCAAGUGCCACAACUUAAGAAAACAACAAAGAAAACACAAGACAAGCCUAAAACAGCAACUGCCACAGACAAAGAAAACGCUAAUGGGUACCAACUGGAUUUCGUUGACGACUACGAAAGACCAGUAUUGGAGAAAUAUGAAAAGAUGACGCCAACUCCAACAGUUCGUGAGAAGAAAGAAAAAGAAUUUGUACAGGUCGCACAAGCAGAACAGCAUUUAGCUGUGAAGACUGACAGCAGGCGUACAUCAGUCGCAUCCGUUCAAAGUGAAGUUGAAAUUAAGUCUGAGAGUCGCAGGAGUUCGAUAAUCGAGAACAAAGCAAUAAAGAUGACGAAGGAAUCUGCUGAAAGCAGAAAGUCUUCCAUUUCUUCCAUAUCGGAACAACAACAAGUUUCUACUUUCAGAAAGGGAUCACUAAAGACUGCAGUAAAACAAGAGGCUCAAGUGAAUGAAUUAGAGAAAAUUAAGUUAAAGGAUCACAACAUUGGAGAUAUUAAUGAUACACCAGACAAACCUCAAUGGCGACCUACGAACACAGACACACAGGUGACAGACAAGUCUCAGCCAAAACGUAGUAUUAGCUUAGAUCAAACAAAACCCAAAGAUGAUGUUAACGAUAGACGCAGACACAGCAAAGUUGAGGCUACCGAACAUGUAACCGAAACAAAUGAGACAAAUAUCAAACGAAAAACAUCACUAGAUAAACCUACUGAUUCCGCAUACCCAUGGCGUCUAUCUAGUAAGGUUGAGGAAAAAGAUGAUUCGGACGAAGAGUUCUUUAAAAAGAGAGAAAUUCGCCGGAAAACAUCUAUUGACCGACCUACUCACCCUAGUUAUCCGUGGAAGCCCUCUACAGAGGAUGAGGAUACCUUGACCAAUGAAACGCUUGGAUCAAAUAAAUUAACACCAGUGUUGAAUAAAAAUAAUGAUUUGGCUCACACUACAAAUACAGCUACAUCAGACAUAUCUGAAUCUAAAAAAAUACCUUCACAACUACACACAGAGGACACAACAAAAGAUAACUUGGGAAAAGUAGAACCCAUACUAAAUCAAACUGAUCAAUUAAAACAGAACAACGACAAUAUUACACUAUUAGAUAGUCGCUUAGAUGAUAAAACAGAUAUAGACGAAAUAUAUCCUUGGCGUCGUCAAAAUAGAAAUAGUGAGGAGCCCUUGAAGGUACAAGAAGGAAAAGUAAAUAAUGAUUUAGCAAAACCAAAGGUACCAGAAAACGUUACACAAACUGACGCAACAGAUAUUUCACAAAAUACACUAUAUCCUUGGAGAAAACAAAAAGAGAUUCCAGUUCUAAUAACCCCAGAGCCGGAUAAAAAACAAAGCGAAGUGCCAUUCUCAUGGCAAGUUAUUCCUGAAAUUCCACAGGCUGAACAAACACCAGAACUAGAGGAUAAUUACAAACCAACUUUACGUGAACAAGAUAUUGCACCCUGGAGAAGACCACGAUCUCCUCAGGCUGAAAUAAACAUCCAGGAGGAGAGAAAGGCUUCAUUAGCACGCAAUCAGUUACCUGACGAGAAAGUGGCACAAAAAGAAGUAGCGGUAGAAGAAGAAGCUAAGAAAGCAAAGGUCACUUCGGUAAAGAAAAAAGCCGAGGACCUGCCUGAAAUUGCUGACUAUGAUAGACCUGAUCUAGAGAAAUAUGAGAAGAUUUCGCCCACCCCCACGACCAGGGAAAAACCAGAAAAAGAGCCGCAGGCGGAGAAGCCUAAAGUGCCCGAAAUCAAGGCACCUGAAGAACCACCAGCUGCACCUAAGAUUGAAGUUAUUAAAGAGAAGUCACCAAAACCAGAAAUGCCCCGUAAGCCAUCGCUAUCACCAGCUCCUCCAGCAAGACGUGGGUCUCUCAUUCCUCCGCCGGAGGAAAUGGGUAGACGCCCCUCACUACUUAUCAGCGAUGAGGAGAAUAGAAAACUAAGACCUGGUGAAGUGAUCGAAGAGAAGAAGGUCACGAAAUUACGGCCAGGCGAAGUUUUAGACGAGAAAAAGCGAAGAAAAUCCGGUGAUUCACGAAGACCAUCGAUCCAGGACUUGGAGGACUUAAUUAACAAGCCUUCAACACCUCUUAAGCCUUCUGGAAAUGACGGCCCUCCAAUUGUCGAGGCCCAAGAGAACUACAGUGCCGUUGAAGACCAAACUGGAUACAUCCAGGUGUCGGUGGAAGGUAAUCCACCACCAACAUUCAAAUUCUACAAAGGUGUCACUGAGAUUAUCGAAGGUGGUCGCUUCAAAUUCGUCACAGAUGGUGACGCGGGUCUCGUUACGUUAUGUAUGAGAAAGGUUAAACCUAAUGAUGAAGGUACAUACAAGGUGGUUGUUAGCAACAUCAAUGGCGAAGACUCGGCUGAAACCCAGCUUUAUGUCUCAGACGCCAGUGGCAUGGACUUCCGUGCUAUGUUAAAGAAACGGAAAUACAAAAAAUGGGACGAAAACAAAGGUGAUCCAAACUGGGGUGAUUUGAAGGAGGUUGAAAAACCUCUACCUGCUCUAAAAAAGGUUGAAAAGAAACAAGAGUCCUUCUUGAAGCCACUUGUAGACCAAAAUGCUAAGGAGGGCAAGGACAAAAAGGUUACCUUCGAGGCGAUCUUUUCGAAGCCAAAUUCUAAACCGAAGUGGUUCUUCCGUAAGGAUGAACUUUUCCCUGGCUCGAAGUAUAAGAUGACAAAUGAACAGGAUUCGUACAAGCUGAUUAUUUUCAACCCAAAAGUGGAAGAUACUGGAAAAAUUACAAUUGAAAUCGGUGGUGUAUCUUGCACUGCUUUCCUGCAAGUGGAAGAGCCAGAUCCUACAUAUAACUUCACGAAGCAUUUGAAGAAAACUUUGACAGGAUAUACGAAGCAUGAGGUGGUCCUGGAGUGUACUAUUUCAAGCAGUCUUGCUAUUGUAUCUUGGUGGAAAGGAGAAGAAAAGAUCGAAGAUAGUGAUGAUGUUACCAUAUCAAAGGAUUUGUCAGGUGUUUGUAAGUUGAUCAUAAAGAAAGCUAAAUUGGAAGAUGCAGCCAAGUACUCUUGUCGGAUUGAGAAGCAGAAUGAUAAGACUGAGUGUGAUUUGAAGAUUGUAGAAUACCAAUAUAAAUUCACCAAGGUCCUGAAGUCACAACAAGCUGUUGAAAAAGACACUAUAACAUUACUGUGUGAGCUGGACGAUGCUGCUGGUGAUGUUAAAUGGUUCAAGAACGACCAGCCUCUAAAGGUAGACAAACGUGUAUCCAUAGUAAAGGAAGGUCGCAAGCGUAAGGUCGUAAUCAAAGAUGCUAAAGUAACGGAUGCAGGCCACUUCAAGUGUGUCAGCAACGCUGAUGAGACUACUUGCGAAUUGAUAAUCAAUUACUCUAAUCGCUUCAACAAGAAGUUGAAGGAUACAGAAGGAAUUGAAAGGGAAAAGGUGGUUCUCGAAGUGGAACUCCAGGAUCAGACUGCGGAAGCCGUUUGGUCUUUCAAUGGAGAGCCCAUUGUUCCCAAUGAGAGGAUUGAAAUCAAAAACCUGGGUGGCGGUAAGCACCAGCUGAUCUUUAACAAGUUGGAAAUGGAAGAUGAUGGUGAGAUACUCUGUGAAUCUGGCAAACUUCAAUCAUCAUGUAAGCUGACUGUGAAGAAGGGAGAGUCCAAGCCAAUGAUUGAGUGUCCCGAUGAAUUCCACGGUACUGCUGGACAUCCUUUCGUUAUCGAGGUGCCUUAUAAAAUAACCGGCAACAGACAAACACAAAUCGAAGCGAAACUUAUCAAGGACGGUAAAAUCCUACCUAACAAAGAAAUCGAAGCCGUGGUUGAACAAGAGAAGGUUCUAUUCAAGAUCAAAAAGCCAGUCAGAGAGGCAUCUGGAAAGUACCAGAUCAAACUAUCGAAUGCUCAGGGUGAAGACUCAAAGGACGUCACCAUUAGCAUGCAGAGUGAACCAACAGCGCCUCAGAAUGUGGAAGUCAGCGAGAUCUUCCAGACGUCGUGUGUGGUCACGUGGAAGACGCCUCAAGAUGACGGUGGUUCACCGAUCAUCAAAUAUAUCAUUGAACGACAGGAUCUGUCUCUAAAAGCGGCGUGGGACAACGUUGGUGAAGUUGCUCAAGGAGAACCAACCAAAUACAAAGUGGAAGACCUUAUUCCCAAAAAGACUUACAAGUUUAGAAUACGUGCGGUUAACAAGAUUGGUUCUAGUGAACCAGGACUCUUCGCCAAACCAGUUUUAGCUAAGGAUCCUUGGGAUGAACCAUCCAAACCGAAAGGAGUGGAACUCACGGAUUGGGACAAAGACCACGCAGACCUCAAGUGGGAGAAACCAGACAAUGAUGGGGGCUCCACCAUCACUGGUUACCAAGUGGAAUAUAAGGAGAAAUUCGGCAAAGACUGGGUGAAGGGUGUGGAAGUAUCUGGUGAUACACUGAAAGCAACUCAGGAUGGACUAAAAGAGGGAUGUACCUAUGAGUUCAGGGUUCGCGCCAUUAACAAGGCCGGUCCUGGUGAACCUAGUGACAGCACUAAGCCUAUCAUCGCUAAGUGCAGAUUUGUGAAACCAUACAUUAUUGGCGAGGGUCUACAGAGUAUGAUUAUCAAGAAGGGUCAGGUUAUCUCGUUUGACAUCAAGUAUGGUGGUGAACCAGAACCUGAAGUAAAAUGGAUGAAGGGUGAAGAGGAAAUUAACGAUGAUGGCGAACGUAUCACCAUUGAUAAGUACGAGAGGAACACGGUUCUCACCGUAAGGAAGACAACGCGACCGGAUAGUGGAAAAUACAAGCUGGUGUUGACCAACUCAUCUGGUACCUGCGAAAGUAUUGGAGACGUCGUGGUACUUGAUAAACCCAACAAGCCUAACGGUCCGAUCGAAAUUACGGAAAUCCGCGCGGAGAAGGCGACAGUCAAAUGGCAGAAACCGGAUGACUGGAAGGGAUCCGAUAUCACUGGCUACACGCUGGAGAAACUCGAUAUGGAUACCGGAAACUGGAUCCCGUGCGGCGAGACUGGUCCAGAACCGACUCAGUUUACCGUCACAGGUCUUACCCCCAACCACAAGUACAAGUUCAGAGUUCGAGCUGUCAACAAGGAAGGGGAGUCUGAACCAUUGGAGACUGAUGGAUUCAUCGUUGCGAAGAAUCCAUAUGAUCCUCCAAAGGCUCCAGGAAAGCCAACAAUCAUUGAUUAUGAUAAUAUGUCUGUGACCCUACAAUGGGAGCCACCAACUGACAAUGGUGGUCGCGCGGUGAUGGGUUAUGUGAUUGAGAUGAAGGACAAGUUCUCACCAGAUUGGAUAGAGGUUAUUAAAACAACAGACACCAAGACAGAGGCGAAGGUGGAAGGUCUUAAAGAGAAGAUGAUCUACCAGUUCCGAGUAAAAGCAUAUAAUAAGGCUGGUGUUGGUGAGGCUUCUGAGCCCACCGCAAACCACCUUUGCAAGCAUAGAAACUUGAAACCUCGCAUUGAGCGCAGUACCUUCAAGUCUGUGAUAAUCAAGGCUGGACGUACACACAAGUGGUCAGUGGAUGUUAUUGGUGAACCUCCACCAGAAAAGACCUGGUCUUGGCGUGAAAACAUCAAGCUGGUAAACACAGAACGUAUAAAGAUAGAGAAUCAAGAUUACCAUACAGAUUUUACAAUCGUGAAUGCUGUGAGACGAGACACUGGCCAAUAUACCUUGAGAAUUGAGAACUGCAAUGGUUUUGAUCAAGAGACAGUUGAACUUACAGUACUGGGCAAGCCCAGCUCGCCUAAAGGUCCUCUCGAAGUAUCAGACAUACACGCAGAAGGCUGCAAGGUUAAGUGGGAGAAACCAGAAGAUGACGGUGGUUCUCCCGUCAAAGAGUAUGAGUUGGAGAAAAUGGAUCUUGCCACAGGAAAAUGGGUGCGCGUGGGCAGGGUUGCUGGUGACAAGAAACCAUUGGAAAUGGAGGUGACAGGUCUCGAACCAGGUCACCAGUACAAGUUCAGAGUGACAGCUGUCAAUGAUGAGGGAGACUCGGAGCCUUUGGAGACUGAAAAGGCCAUACUCGCUAAGAAUCCGUUUGAUGUGGCCGAAAAGCCAGGCAACGUGGAGGUGGCAGAUCACGACAACCAAAGUGCGGAGAUCAAAUGGGAGCCUCCCAAAAAUGACGGAGGUGCGCCCAUUCAGAAGUAUAUCAUACAAAAGAGGCCCAAGGGCGGAGACUGGGAGAACGCCGCUGAGGUGCCUGGCAGCGCAACAAGUGGCAAAGUCGAUGGUUUACCUGAAGGAAGCGAGUACGAGUUCCGCGUGAUCGCAGUUAACAAGGCAGGACCUUCGGAGGCCUCUGAACCCACCAAGAUGACUACCAUUAGACAUAAAUCGUUGAAACCACGCAUCGACCGAACCAACUUGAAGGCGGUAGCGGUGCGCGCAGGCAAGCCGAUAUUCUUCGACGUCAACGUCAGAGGAGAACCUGCGCCCAAGGUGCAGUGGUUCCAGAAGUGGAAGGACGUCGAGAAAGAGGUCACAGAAAACGUUAUCAAUGUGGAUUACAACACGAAACUGGACAUCAAGGAUUCGGUCCGUGCUAUGACCGGGACGUACCGUAUUCUAGCGACGAACGAACACGGAAAGGAUGAGGCUGAAGUGGAAAUCACUGUCCUCUCCUCACCGAGCAAACCUGGCGGUCCACUCAAGGUCACGGAUGUUACGAAGAAUGGCUGCAAGUUGGCCUGGAAGAAGCCGGAAGAUGAUGGCGGUAAACCCGUGACAGGUUACGUAGUAGAGAAAUUGAACAAGGCGACUGGCCGUUGGGUUCCAGUUGGAAAGACCGAUGACACAGAGAUGGAGAUCAAGGGAUUACAGGAAGGAGAAGAAUAUGAGUUCAGGGUUAAGGCUGUUAAUGAUGAAGGAGAGUCGGAACCGCUUAAGACUGACCACUCUAUCGUUGCUAAGAAUCCUUAUGAUAUCCCUGGUAAGCCAUCUGUACCAACUAUCGAAGACUGGGACGUGGAUCGCGUUGACCUGAAAUGGGAAGCUCCCAAAAACAAUGGUGGCGCUCCCAUCACCGGCUACAUUAUUGAGAAGAAGGACAAGUUUGGGACAUGGCAGGAAGCACUGGUCACAACUACUCCGGAGUGCAAAGCUCGCGUGCCUGAACUGAAAGAAGGCAACACAUACCAAUUCCGAGUAAGAGCGGUCAACAAGGCGGGUCCGGGUGAACCGGGCGAACCCACUCAACCGCAUCUCGCUAAGGCUAGGUUCCUGAAACCGCACAUCAACCGUGACAAGAUGGUGGCGAUCCGUGUUCGCGCUGGUACCACUAUCAAGUUGGAUGUUGACAUCAAGGGUGAACCUCCACCGACCAAGACUUGGAAGUUUGCCAAUAAGGUCAUCGAGACUGGUCCAGGUGUAAAACUGGAGAAUGAGGACUACAACACCAAACUGAUGAUAUCAGAGUCCUCGUGGAAGAACACUGGCAUUUACACCCUGAAAGCGGAGAACGAUUCUGGAGUGGACGAGGCGACUGUUGAGAUUACUGUACUUGACAAGCCAGGCAAACCUGAAGGCCCUCUGGAAGUGUCCGACGUUCACGCGGAACACGUGAAGCUGUCCUGGAAGAAACCCAAGCACACGGGAGGAUUGCCUCUCAGCGCCUUCAUAGUUGAGAAGAUGGACACGCUCACUGGAAAGUGGUCACCCGCUGGUACCAUUGAUCCGGAUGUUACUGAUGCUACAGUUACAGGCCUCGAACCGGGACACACCUACCAAUUCCGUGUGAAGGCCCUCAACGAGGAAGGAGAGUCCGAGCCAUUAGAGACGGACCACGGCAUCCUCGCAAAGAACCCGUACGAUGUCCCGUGUCCCCCUGGACUUCCGGAUAUCGUAGAUUGGGACGAAAAAUCUGUGAAAUUGAAGUGGGAGCCCCCGAUAAGGGACAACGGAGCACCGAUUACUGGAUACAUCAUUGAAGCGAUGGACAAAGACCGCGGAGAGUUCGUCAAGAUGGCAGAGGUGCAAGGCAACAUCUGCCAAGGCACAGUACCAAAACUCGAAGAGGGCAACCAAUACCAGUUCCGUGUACGAGCUGUCAACAAGGCUGGAAAAUCCGAGCCUUCGGAGAACACCAACUGGCAUACUGCUAAGCCAAGAUUCUUGAAGCCACGCAUCGACCGCACAAACCUGAACCCGAUAACGGUGAAGGCUGGUCUUCCUGUCUCCUUGGACGUGAAGGUCUUCGGCGAGCCUCCGGCCACCGUCACUUGGCACUUCAACGGCCAGGAACUCGCCAACCGGGAGAACCUGGAGAUCAUCAACGUGGACUAUAACACCAAGUUCUUGAUGAUGAAGAGCAAACGCGCCAACAGCGGCAAAUACGUGAUUAAGGCGAAGAAUGAAGUCGGCGAAGACCAGGCUGAAGUGGAGAUUAUUGUAGUUGGCAAGCCGUCCAAACCCAAGGGACCAUUGGACGUGGCAGACGUGACCAAGAACGGAUGUACAUUGACUUGGCAGAAGCCGGAAGAUGAUGGUGGAUCACCCAUCGAAUACUAUGAGAUUGAAAAACUCGAUCCACUCACUGGUCAAUGGCUCCCAUGCGGCACAGCAAAGGACUGCAAAGCAAACGUAACCGGCUUACAAGAAGGCAAGCCUUACAAGUUCAGAGUGAAGGCUGUUAACAAGGAAGGAGAGUCAGAAGAAUUGGAGACUGAUAAGACCAUCAUAGCUAAGAAUCCAUUUGAUGAGCCCGGCAAGCCUGGUAGACCCGAGCCACGCAACUGGGACAAGGACUUCGUUGACUUGGAAUGGUCGGCGCCUAAAGAUGACGGCGGGGCUCCCAUCACUGGAUAUAUCAUACAGAAGAAGGAGAAAGGCAGCAGAACAUGGCAAGACUGUCUCCGUACAACUGGCGAUCGUCCAACGGGCCGUGUGACAGAUGUGGAAGAAGGACACGAAUACCAAUUCCGGGUUAUCGCUCUGAACAAGGCUGGCCCCGGAGAACCUUCCGAGCCCAGCAAGUCUGUUAUUGCUAAGCCGAGAUUCUUGGCUCCGCGCAUCGACCGCAAGAACCUCCAGAAACGCAAGGUCAAGGUGGGUCAGACGCUCAAGUUCGAGGCUGACGUGAAAGGCGAACCCGAACCCACGAUCACCUGGACGCUCAAUGAGAAACCCCUCAAAGUCGAGGAACGUCUCAAGAUUGAGAACCAAGAUUACCACACCUCCUUCACCCUGCAAAAGGUGACGAGGGCUGAUGGUGGAAAGUAUGUGGUGACAGCCAAGAAUGACACGGGAGUGGACAGUGUGGAGAUUGAAGUUACGGUCGUCAGCAAACCGGCGAAACCUAAGGGACCCUUGAAGGUCUCUGACGUAAAGGCAGACGGAUGCAAACUCCAAUGGGAGGCUCCCGAAGACGAUGGAGGCGAACCAAUCGAAAGCUACGUCGUGGAACGCAUGGACACGGAAACCGGACGCUGGGUGCCCGUUUGUACCACGAAGACGCCGGAAGCUGACGUCACAGGGUUGAACGAGGGCAAGGACUAUCUGUUCCGAGUGAAGGCGGUCAAUCCGGAGGGUGAGAGUGAACCCCUGGUCACUGAGACCGCGACAACGGCUAAGAAUCCGUAUGGCGAGCCAGAUGCGCCUGGCAAACCAGAGUUCAAGGACUGGAGCGCGAACCACGUAGACCUGAAGUGGGAGAAGCCAGCGAACGAUGGUGGGGCUCCCAUCACCGCUUACAUCGUGGAGAAGAAGGACCGCGAUACUGGCAAAUGGGUUAAGGCUGUUGAGGUGCCCGGCAUCAAGACUGAAGCCCGAGUACCGGAUUUGAUUGAGGGCAAGACUUAUCAGUUCCGAGUGAAGGCUGUGAACAAGGCUGGCCCCGGAAAGCCUUCCACCGCCACUGACAACUUACUGGCUAAGGAUAGAUUUGCCCCACCACGUAUCGACCGCACGAACAUGCGUGAUCUGACGCUGAAGGCUGGCCAGAACAUCAGGCUGGACGUCAAGGUCACUGGCGAACCUGCUCCUACAAAGACUUGGUUCCACAACAAAGAGCGUCUAUCAACACGAGACGAUCUCAGUGUGGACGUGGAAGACUACAGGACCAAGUUAUCGGUGAUUAUCGCGUCUCGCAAGCACAGCGGCACUUACGUGCUGAAGGCCGAGAACAGCAGCGGAAAAGAUGAGGCCUCCAUACAAGUCAUCGUUUUGGAUGUUCCUGCUAAACCUGAAGGACCACUGAAGAUUUCGGACGUACACAAAGAAGGCUGUACGCUCAAAUGGAACGCCCCGUUGGACGACGGUGGGGCUCCGAUCGAUCACUAUUUGGUCGAGAAGCUCGAUACGGAAACCGGUAGAUGGCUUCCAGCCCUCAAGACCAAGGAACCUAAGGCCGAAGUCGAGAACCUGGUUCCAGGACACGAAUACAAGUUCAGAGUUUCUGCUGUCAAUAAUGAAGGCGUUUCGGAACCAUUGGAAGCAGACCACUCCAUUAUUGCGAAGAAUCCGUUCGAUGAGCCCGGCAAGCCCGGAACACCGGAAGUGGUCGACUGGGACAAGGAUCAUGUUGACCUCAAAUGGCAGAAGCCUCUUAAAGAUGGAGGAGCACCCAUCACUGGGUACAUUAUUGAGAAACGGGAAGUUGGAUCGCCCAAAUGGAUGAAGGCUUGUGAGGUCGGUCCAAACGACAAUGAUAAAGCGACCGUGGGUAACUUGGACGAAGGCACCGAAUACGAGUUCAGAGUGCGAGCUGUUAACGAGGCUGGUCCAGGUGAACCUAGCGAUGCCAGCAAAUCUGUCACCUGCAAACCUAGGAGAUUGGCACCAAAGAUCGACCGCCGUAGCUUACGCGCCAUCAAAGUGCGCGAAGGCGAACCCAUCUCCUUGGACGUUAAAGUUUCCGGUGAACCUCCACCAGAUGUCGCUUGGUCUCUCAACGGAAAGAUGGUCACUAGCGGUAACGGACUUAAACUGGUAAAUGUUCCGUACAUGAGCAAGUAUCAGCAUUCGAGUCCUCGAAGAAAGGAUUCCGGCGUAUACAAGAUCCAGGCCGUCAACAAGUACGGAUCGGACACGGCCGAAGUUGAAAUUACUGUUGUUGGCAAGCCGGACAAACCGGAAGGACCAUUAGAAGUGUCAGACGUUCACAAAGAAGGAUGUACGCUGAAGUGGAAGAGACCUAAAGAUGACGGAGGCGAACCCAUCGAGGCCUAUGUGGUAGAGAAGUACGACACGGAAACCGGCACUUGGCUUCCAGUCGGGAAGACUAUUGGCAAUGUUCCCGAGAUGGAGGUUGACGGAUUAACACCUGGCCACGAGUACAAGUUCAGAGUGAAGGCGAUCAACAAGGAGGGCGAGUCUGAACCUCUCGAAACCUUCGGACCUAUUGUUGCUAAGGAUCCAUUUACUGUCCCAGAAGCACCAUCUGCGCCAGUGCCGGACGACUGGUCGGCCAACCACGUGGACCUCAAGUGGGAGCCUCCCGUUUCGGAUGGAGGGUCACCAGUCAUUGGUUACAUCGUGGAGAUGAAGGACAAAUACAGUCCGCUAUGGGAAAAGGCUGUCGAGACGCAUACGCCUAACCCAGCAGCCACUAUUAACGGCUUGAUCGAAGGUAACGAAUACCAGUUCAGAGUGAUCGCAAUAAACAAGGCUGGCCAGAGUAAGCCCUCGGAGUCCAGCAAAAACUUCGUGGCUAAACCGCGGUUCCUCGCUCCGAAGAUUGACAGGCGCUACCUUCGCGAUGUAACCCUGUCUGCCGGUUCCACUCUAAAGUUGGAAGCGGCCAUCACCGGAGAACCAGCUCCGGCCGUGGAAUGGAGAUACCAGAACAUGCCACUGCGCUCAUCCAAGGCUGUGACAAUCGACUCCCCGGAGUACUUCACGAAACUGAUAGUACGGCCUGUGCGAAGAGACGAUACCGGGGAAUACACCGUGACGGCGGCCAAUUCCAGUGGAAAAGACACUGUCACUAUCAACGUGUUGGUCACCGACAAGCCUAUGAAGCCGGAGGGACCUUUACAGAUAUCGGACGUUCACAAGGACGGCGCUACCCUGAAGUGGAAGAGGCCGAAGGACGAUGGCGGAGCUCCGAUCGAAUAUUACCAGAUCGACAAACUGGACACCGAGACUGGCGUCUGGGUACCUUGUGCCAGAUCUGAUGAACCGAAAUGUGAUGUUACUAACCUGACACCAGGCAAAGAGUACAAGUUUAGAGUUGCGGCAGUCAACUCUGAAGGAGAAUCUGAACCAUUGGUGUCGGAGACUAGCAUUGUUGCCAAAAACCCGUAUGAUGAACCUGGUGCACCUGGAACGCCGUCGGUGACCGACUGGGACAAGGACCACGUGGACCUCAAAUGGAAUCCGCCCACUGAAGAUGGCGGAGCUCCCGUUGAAGGGUACAUCGUGGAGAAGAAGGACAAGUUCGGAAACUGGGAGAAGGCGCUGGAAGUGCCCGCCGAUAAGACAAACUGCACUGUGCCUGACCUGGUGGAAGGACAGACUUAUGAGUUCCGAGUACGUGCGGUCAACAAGGCUGGUCCGGGAGUGCCAAGUGACAGCACACACCCGAUUGUGGCCAAACCCAGGAAUCUGGCUCCAAAGAUUGACAGGACCAACCUCAUCGAUAUCAGGAUCAAGGUUGGACAGAAGUUUGCCUUCGACGUUAAGGUAUCUGGAGAACCGAUGCCUGAAACCAAAUGGUUCCUGGGCAAGCGGGAAGUCAAGUCGAGCGGUGAUGUCAAAGUACAGCAUUCGGACUAUAACACCAAAAUUACCUGCAAAGCAGCGAGAAGAGGCGACAGCGGGAAAUACACAAUUACCGCUGAAAACGUCAACGGCAAAGACGUCGCUGAAGUGGAAGUUAUUGUGCUGGACGUGCCCAGCCCACCUGGAGGACCGCUUAAGGUCUCCGACGUCCAUGCGAACGGUGCUAAGCUAUCAUGGAACCCACCGGGAGACGACGGUGGUCAACCCAUCGAGAAGUACGUCGUCGAGAGGAUGGAUGAAGCCACCGGCAGAUGGGUAAACGCCGGUGAAACCGACGGACCCACCACUAACUUAGCAGUUGACGGAUUACAGCCUGGACACAAGUACAAGUUCAGGGUCCGAGCUGUCAAUAGACAAGGAAAAUCAGAGCCAUUAACGACACCGCACGCAACAGAGGCCAAGAAUCCCUUCGAUGUCGCAGGCAAACCUGGCACGCCCAGGAUCAAGGACUUCGACAAGGACUUUGUGGAACUGGACUGGACUAGACCAGACAGCGAUGGCGGUGCUCCCAUUACAGGAUAUGUUAUCGAGAAGAAAGAUAGAUUUGCGCCAGACUGGGAAGAAUGUGCACAGAUCGAGGGUGACGUGACAUCUGGUAGAGUUCCCGACCUGAUCGAAGGCAACACCUACGAGUUCAGAAUUCGCGCCGUGAACAAAGCCGGCAAAGGUGAACCCAGUGACGGAACAGCGCCACACCUGGCGAGGCCUAAAAACCUGGCUCCCAAGAUCGACAGAAACUUCAUGUUCGAUAUCAAAAUCAAAGUGGGACAAAACUUCGAGUUGGACGUUCCAGUUAUCGGCGAACCGACACCCACCAAGGAAUGGUUUCACGAAUCAAAUCUCGUUUACAAUGCGGACAGAGUUAAGAUCGUCAACGACGAUCAUUCCUCUAAAAUCAGGGUCGUGGACGCUAAACGCGCAGACACGGGAAUAUACACGCUCAAAGCCAAGAAUAUCAACGGAACCGAUUCAGCCACAGUCAAAAUCCUCGUCAUGGACGUGCCGACGGCUCCCGAAGGACCCUUGCGGGCCGAUGAUAUUACAAAGAACGGCUGCUCACUAAGAUGGAGGCCGCCGAAAGACGACGGGGGCUGCGAGAUUACACACUACGUUAUCGAGAAGAUGGAUCAAGAAAACCUGCGCUGGAUUCCAGCCGGUGAAGUCCAAGGCUGUCACAUUCGUAUCGAUCACUUGAUCGAAGGACACGAUUACAACUUCCGCGUCCGCGCUGUCAACAAGCAAGGGGAGUCUCAGCCAUUGGUCGGCACCGAGCCGAUCACCGCUAAAGAUCCCUACGGUACGCCCGACAAGCCUGGCACUCCGGUCGUCAAAGACUGGGACAAAGAUCACAUGGAUAUCGAAUGGGUCCCGCCCAAAAAAGAUGGCGGAUCGCCCAUCACCGGCUACGUCGUCGAAGCGAGAAAGAAAUACGGGCCGUGGGAGGUCGCCGCAACCGUCCCCGGCAACAAGACGACGGCAACUGUUCCCGGAUUGCAAGAAGGCGAAGAGUAUGAGUUUAGAGUCAUCGCUGUCAACAAAGCUGGAAACGGUGAACCGAGCGAUGCGUCUACCCCUCAAGUGGCUAAAGCGCGAUUCUGUGCGCCGACGUUCGACAAACACCUUCUCUGUGACAAAACUGUUAAGGCCGGACAGAGAAUUCAAUACGAAAUCCCGAUAGAGGCCUCUCCGAAGCCUACGGUCGAAUGGCAGAUCAACGGCAAACCCGUUCAACCCUCGGACAGGAUCGAUAUUCAAGUCCUUCAUAACAGGGUCAUACUAGACAUUCCAUUCUCCGUCCGCACAGAUGGAGGCGUUUACAAAUUGACUCUCAAAAAUGAUCUCGGAGUCUGCUCAGCCUCCGCCCAAGUUGUCGUAUUAGAUAAACCGUCGAGGCCCGAGAAACCUUUAGUCGUAUCGGAUGUUACCAAAGAUUCCUGCUCGUUGUCAUGGAAAGUACCUCUCGACGACGGCGGCUCGCCCAUCUUGCAUUACGUCAUCGAGAAGAUGGACCUGUCUCGCGGCACCUGGUCAGAUGCCGGCAUGAGCACGUUCUUAUCACACCAAGUGACUAGACUCAUUCACAAGAAAGAAUAUUUGUUCCGAGUUAGCGCAGUUAACGCAAUCGGACAAUCUGAGCCCUUAGAGUUGGAUCGUGCCAUUGUUGCUAAGAACGAAUUCGAUGAACCCACCGCUCCGGGCAAACCUCAAGCCACAGACUGGAGUAAGAACCACGUUGACUUGGAAUGGACUCCGCCGAAAUCUGAUGGUGGCUCACCGAUCACCGGAUACAUCAUUCAGAAGAAAGAAAAGGGCAGUCCCUACUGGGUUAACGCGGCUCACGUCCCAGCCAACAAGAACAAAGCAACGGUUCCUGAUUUACUGGAAGGACAAGAUUACGAGUUCAGGGUCAUCGCGGUCAACCAAGCGGGACAGUCUGAACCUAGCGAACCAUCAGAUAUUAUUACUGCUAAAGACAGAUUUGUCGCACCGAAGAUUCUUACCCCGCUCAAAGAGAUCAGCAUCAAAGCUGGUCUUAUCUUCCACUUGGAUGUCGACUUUAUUGGUGAACCGAUCCCUGAAGUCAAAUGGACAUGUGACGGCAAACCAGUCGUUACCAACGAAAGAACAACGGUUACUUCUGUCGGUCAUCACACAAUUAUUCACACAGUGAACUGUAAACGAUCUGACGCCGGCAAAUACCACCUGUCACUCAAGAACGACUCCGGCUCUGAUGAAGGCAGCUUUGAGUUAAUAGUUCUCGAUGUACCUGGACCUCCGCAACCACAAUUUGAAUAUGAAGAAAUCACUGCCCAAUCUGUCACAUUGUCUUGGAACGCACCUAAAGAUAACGGUGGCAGUGAACUGACAGCUUACGUUAUUGAAAAGAGAGAUUUGACACACGGUGGUGGCUGGGUGCCGGCUGUCACGUACAUUAACCCGCGUAACACCCACGCUACAGUACCUAGACUGGCCGAAGGCACAAAGUAUGAAUUCAGAGUAUUCGCUGAGAAUUUACAAGGAAGAUCAGAGCCAUUGGUAACAGAUAGGGCUGUCGUAGCCAAGAACCAAUACACGGUUCCCGGCAAGCCUGGAAAACCAGAGCUUUUGUCGGCUGACAAAGAUCACAUUAAGAUCAAAUGGUCGUCGCCAAUUUCAAAUGGAGGAUCUAACAUACUGGGCUAUGACGUUGAAAGACGAGACAAGGCGACGGGCCGCUGGAUUAAAGUAAACCGAGAACCCGUGCGAUUCAAUGAAUAUAAGGACGACAGGGUACAAGAAGGCCACCAGUAUGAAUACAGAGUAUCUGCCGUUAACGCUGCUGGCGCUGGUCAACCUUCUGAUGAGUCUAACGUAUUUAUCGCUAAACCAAUGAAGGAGAAACCCAAACUAAGCUUAGACCACCUGAUUGGACGUAAGAUUAAGGUGCGAGCGGGAGAACCGAUUAAUAUUCACAUUCCAAUCGCCGGUGCGCCAACACCGACCAUCUCUUGGACUAAGGGAUCCAUUCCGCUUGUACCUUCACAUAGACUGUCUUCUGAGACAAACGCUGAUCUUACUAAACUUUGUAUUGAAAAAUCUACACGAGAUGAUGCUGGAAAAUACACAAUUACGGCCUCAAAUGAACACGGCAAGGAUUCGGCUGAUAUUGAAGUAAUUGUUGUCGACAAACCUGGACCACCCAAAGGACCACUUUCUUGUACACCGGUCACUCAUGACACAAUCGGUUUGACGUGGAACCCGCCAUCAGAUGAUGGUGGCAGUGAAAUCACUGGCUACAUCGUUGAAGUAGCUGAAUUUGGCGUCAAUGACUGGCGCACAGUAGCCGGUUUCUGUCCCAAAUGCUCGUUCAACGUUAAAAAUCUGACGGAGGGCAAGAAAUAUGUAUUUAGAAUACGCGCUGAGAACUUAUAUGGUAUCUCAGAGCCGCUGGAAAGCAAACCUAUCAUUGCUAAAUCUCCAUACGACCCUCCAGAUGCGCCUGACACACCACGAAUCACAGGCUACAGUGCAAACAGCUGUUCUCUAGAAUGGGAGCCUCCGAAGAACACCGGUGGAAAGCCUAUCACAGGAUACUAUGUUGAAAAGAGAGAACGAGGAGGCGAAUGGGUGAAGGUCAAUAACUACCCAACUCCCAACACUUGCUACACCGUCCAAGACUUACGUGAAGGAAACCGCUAUGAAUUCCGCGUAAUCGCUGUUAAUGAAGCCGGACCAGGUAAACCCAGCAAACCCACCGACUCCAUUGUGGCAGAAACUCAGAGACUCAAACCGAGCACUCCUGAACCUCCUAAACCUGACAGAGUUACUAAAGACUCUGUUACGUUAUCGUGGAGGCCGCCCAAGAGCGACGGUGGUUCCAAAAUCAAGGGAUACAUCAUUCAACAAAAAGCUAAAGGCGACAAAGACUGGAAGGACGUCAACGAUACGCCUAUCCCGAGCCUGGUGCAUACUGUACCUAAUCUUAAGGAAGGAGAAGAAUACCAGUUCAGACUCAUCGCUGUCAAUGAAGUUGGCAAAUCUGAACCCAGCAAACCGACAUCGGAUAUCGUCAUCGCUGAACAGCCUAACAAACCAUGUAUGGAUCUUGGAGGUGUCCGAGACAUUACUGUACGAGCUGGAGAAGACUUCUCCAUCCACGUGCCAUAUACUGGCUACCCACAGCCGACAGCGUCUUGGUUCGCUGAGGACAACCUUCUUGACGUCGAUGGAGAUUCAAGAAUAUUCCAGAAAAUUACCCCAGAAUCCGCCUCUCUCGUCGUCAAAAAUGCUAAGAGAUCAGACGGUGGACAGUAUCGCUUACAACUGCGAAACCCAUCGGGAUACGACACUGCUACAAUCAAUGUUCGCGUCCUCGACAGACCUGGAAAACCAGAAAACUUGCGUGCGGAUGAGUUUGAGGGUGAAGCUCUCACUUUAUACUGGAACCCACCGAAAGACAACGGUGGUGGAGAAAUCACAAACUAUGUCGUCGAGAAACGCGAGGCACGCACUCCAACUUGGACGAAGGUGUCCGGGUACGUCACAACACCGUUCUUACGGGUGAAGAACCUUUCGGUAGGCAGGAGUUACGAGUUCCGUGUAAUGGCUGAGAACCAAUAUGGACAAUCUGAACCGGCUCAAACCCUCGAGCCGAUCAGAGCGAGACACCCCUUCGAUCCACCGGGAGCGCCCGGAGCUCCCAACUCUGUGGAAACCACGGAAUCCUCAAUCACGCUCACAUGGAACAAACCACGUCACGAUGGAGGGUCACCGAUCACAGGUUACAUUCUUGAAAAGAGACUGAUAACCGAGGACAAGUGGACGAAGGCGUCCCACGCACACAUUCCAGACACGACUUACAAAGUCACAGGAUUAAUAGAGAAUCAUGAAUACGAAUUUAGAGUCGCAGCAGUGAAUGCGGCAGGCCAAGGCCCAUACUCCGCCAGUUCAGACGCGAUACGUGCGUGUGCGCCGCCCAACGCACCCAAAAUCACAAGCGACCUCAGUCUACGCGACAUCACAGUUAUCGCAGGGGAAGAAAUUAAGAUCACCGUGCCGUUCACGGGCAACCCCAGACCGAAGGUAUCGUGGAUCGUGAACAACGACGAAGUCUUCCCAGACCAUCGCAUUCGCUUCGUCACAUCCGACAUCGACACUGUCUUCUACAACUCGAGCGCAAAGAGAUCAGACACCGGCUCAUACACUGUCAGACUGGUUAACACUGAGGGAUCAGACAGUGGAACCUGCAGGGUUCUGGUUGUAGACAAACCAUCCCCACCAGUGGGUCCUAUGGAAGCGUCGGACAUCACACCGGACACGUGUACCGUGUCCUGGAAAGUGCCGCUGGAUGAUGGCGGAUCGCCUAUUACCAACUAUAUCGUGGAGAAAAUGGAUAACACUGGUGUGUGGUCAAAGAUCUCAUCCUUCGUCCGAGGCUGCCAUUACAACGUGAUGGGUCUGGAGCCAGAACGCAAAUACCUGUUCAGGGUACGCGCUGAGAACCAGUACGGUGUUUCGGAGCCGCUUACUAUGGAUGACCAUGUUGUUGCUAAGUUCCCAUUCACGGUACCAGACGCACCAGGUGUCCCACGUGUCACCGAUUGGGACGGUUCGACGGCUACCGUUAUCUGGGACCGUCCAAGAUCGGACGGAGGGGCCCGUAUUCAAGGAUACAAGAUCGAGUACAGAGACGUGCAGGAUAAGAUUUGGACCAGCGCAGACUAUCUGGUUAAGGACUGUAAUUAUCAGGCAUACAACCUGGAACCCGGCCACGAGUACGAGUUCCGCGUGCGCGCUAAGAACGCGGCUGGCUUCAGCAAAUACUCCAGUACGUCGCAAGUGUUCAAAGUACGCGGGCGUGCCGGACCACCUUCGGCCCCGAGGGACCCUCGGGUCUUGCGAGUCGGAAGGAACUAUGUUGACGUGGCUUGGGAUGCACCUGCUAGUGAUGGAGGUGCUCGUAUCAGUGGCUACAUCAUCGAAAGACGCGAGUUGUCAAGCUCUGUUUGGGUCAAAUGCAAUGACUACACAGUGCUGGACACGAGCUUCACUGCGCUCAACCUCAGCGAGAAGGCAGACUUCGAAUUUAGGAUUAUUGCUGUCAAUUCUGCUGGCAAAUCGGAGCCAUCGUCUUGCACAACGCCCGUAAGGACUGGUGAAGAAGUGGGCGGAGCCAAGCCCGAAUGGCUGAAGAAGUUGGCGCCUCAUCUCAACGUGCCCAUGGGCAGGCCAUUCACUUUGGAGUGUGUCGCCUCAGGUAGCCCCUUGCCCACAGGCAGGUGGAUGAAGGGUGGACGGGAAGUUGUACUUGGUACCAGAUUCAUAGCGGAGUCCCGCGAGGGCACCCUCCGCCUGAACAUCCUGGAGGUGACGGAAGCAGACGAAGGCGACUACACCUGCGAAGCCUUCAACUCCAUUGGACACAUUUACUGUACUGCUCACCUCAAGAUUGGAAGCCCACCAAGGAUUACCCGAAUGCCGGGAGACUUACACCUGCCGGAGCAUGACAACACCAAGAUCAAGAUUCUGUACACGGGUGACCAGCCCGCUGACGUCACGAUCUCUAAAGAUGGCCGUGCGCUUAGCGAGUCUGUUCACUUCAAGUUCACAGUGUUCGAUGAUUACAUCCUUAUCUUCAUCAAGGACAUCACUAAGGAUGAUAUGGGAACAUACAAAGUGACAAUCAAGAACAGCUCGGGAGAGGUAUCGGAUACCUUCUCGGUGACGGUCACGGGAUUGCCCGGACCACCCCAAGGCCCGCUCGAAGCGACAGACAUCACCAGGCACACGUGCACUCUUGCCUGGAAACCGCCCACCUACGACGGAGGAUUGCCUGUCACCCACUACGUGGUCGAGAGGAUAGAUAUUUCUGGAACAACCUGGAUUACCAUCGCGUCCUGCGUUAGAGAUACCAGGUUCACAGUCCACGGCUUAACGGAAGGACAAGAAUACAACUUCAGGAUUCACGCUGCUAAUGAAAAUGGUAUCGGACCCGCCCUCGAAGGUGUUAAUCCUGUUAAGGCUAAGGCACCAUUCGACCCGCCAUCGGCACCUGGAGUACCCAAGAUCGUGGAAGUCGGAGGACACUUUGUUCACCUUGAAUGGGACAAACCUGAAAGUGAUGGAGGUGCUCGGAUACAAGGAUAUUGGGUAGACAAACGCGAAGUUGGCUCUCAGAGUUGGCAGAGGGUCAACCCUGGUCUCUGCGUGGCCACGCAACUUAACUGCGCCAACCUCAUCGAGGGACGCCAGUACGAGUUCAGAGUGGUCGCUCAAAACGAAGCCGGUUUAUCACCACCGAGCACUAACAGCCAAGAAGUGCGCGCACAGGAUCCUGCAGCGGCAACUCCGCCAGAGAUAGUGAAACCAUUGAAGAACGCGAACUGCAUCCAGUACCACAACGCCAAGUUCCAGUGCACCAUCACCGGAGUACCUCGGCCUACCAUAUCUUGGUACAAGGGUGCUCGUGAAAUAAUGAACGGCCCACGCUACCGCAUAUGGAGCGAGGGUGACAACCACUUCUUGACGGUGCUAGAGGUGUACGGAGAGGAUGCGGACGAAUAUCAGUGCAGAGCUGUUAACAAGGCCGGUGCCAAGAGUACCAGGGCAGAGCUGCUUAUUAUGACUGCCCCAAAACUAAACGUGCCACCACGCUUCCGAGACACGGCCUACUUCGACAAGGGCGAAAAUGUCGUCAUCAAGAUCCCCUUCACCGGACACCCGGUGCCCAAGAUCACCUGGGUAAGAGAGGGAGAGACCAUCGAGUCUGGACUGCAUUAUCACGUGGAGAGGAAAGAACGUCACGCGAUAUUGACAAUCCGUGACGCGAGCAAACUGGACUCUGGCCCUUACCGCAUCACGGCUGAGAACGAAUUGGGACAGGACUCUGCCAGCAUCCACAUCGAGAUUAGCGAUCGUCCGGACCCACCUCGCUUCCCAGCGGUAGACAACAUUGGCGUGGAUUCUCUAGCCUUGAGCUGGCGUGCCCCACUAUGGGACGGCGGAUCAGAUAUCACCAACUACUUGGUUGAGAAACGAGAACACCCUAUGUCUAGCUGGAUUAGGGUUGGCAACACCAGGUUUACAACGAUGGCAAUAACGGGUCUUGCGUCAGGCAAACAAUACGAGUUCCGCGUAUACGCCGAGAACAUCUACGGACGUUCGGAGCCAAGCGAACCCACGUCCCUCGUGCAAACUAAGUCAAUUAUUAAGAAGGAGUUCAAGAAGAAGGAAUAUCCUGUGGACGAAACCGGCAAACGUAUACGUACGAACGCAGACCACGGCCCAGUAAAAGACUACGACAGCUAUGUAUUUGAUAUCUACAGCAAAUACGUGCCGCAACCAGUCGAGAUACAAACCUGCUCUGUGUACGACAAAUACGACAUCCUAGAGGAGAUUGGCACAGGUGCGUUCGGCGUGGUCCACAGAUGUCGCGAGAGAGCGACCGGAAACAUAUUCGCGGCCAAAUUCAUUCCCGUCACGGGCGCUAUGGAGAAGGAGUUGAUUAAGAAGGAGAUAGACAUCAUGAACCAGCUGCACCAUAGGAAGUUGAUCAACCUUCACGACGCCUUCGAAGAUGAUGACGAGAUGGUGCUUAUAUUUGAAUUCCUGUCCGGCGGUGAGCUAUUCGAGCGAAUAACAGAACCUGGCUAUAACAUGAGCGAAGCCGAGGCAGCGCACUAUAUGAGACAAGUCUGUGAGGGAGUCAAACAUAUGCACGAACAAAACAUUAUUCACCUGGAUCUCAAACCCGAGAACGUCAUGUGUCAGACCAGAACUGGUACUGAUGUUAAGAUCAUCGACUUUGGCCUGGCCACCAAGUUAGACCCCAAUGAAGUGGUCAAGAUAUCCACUGGCACGGCUGAGUUCGCAGCCCCAGAGAUCGUGGAGCGUGAACCGGUCGGCUUCUACACUGACAUGUGGGCCGUUGGAGUUUUGGCCUAUGUUUUAUUAUCCGGACUCUCGCCAUUCGCGGGUAACAACGACAUCGAGACCCUGAAGAAUGUGAAGGCCUGCGACUGGGAGUUCGACGAGGAAGCUUUCCAGCACGUAUCAGAUGAUGCCAAGGACUUCAUCAGGCGGUUGCUGGUUAAGAACAAGGAAAAACGUCUGACAGCCCACGAGUGCCUCGUGCACAAGUGGUUGGCGGGCGACGCGUCCGCUUCUAGGACCGCCACUAUCGCCGCCAGACGCUACGAGGCGAUGCGGGACAGGCUUCGAAGGAGAUACGAGAACUGGUCUUCGUUCGUCCUGCCGAUCGGAAGGAUCAGCGAAUAUAGUUCUCUUCGUAAACUCCUCAUUGAGAAAUGGAAGAUCUAUGAUGGACAAUUCGACCGUCGCCAAGCGGCACCGCGGUUCGUGAUAAAGCCCCAAUCGGCCUUCUGCUACGAGGGUCAGUCCGUGAAGCUGUACUGCCGCAUCAUCGCCUGCGCCGCCCCCACCGUCACCUGGAGCCACAACAACAGGGAGCUCCGCCAGUCCGUCAAGUACAUGAAGAGAUACGCGGGAGACGACUACUACUUCAUCAUAAACCGUGCCAAGUUGGAGGACCGCGGCGAGUACAUCAUCCGAGCGGAGAACCACUACGGCUUCAGGGAGGAAGUUGUCUUCUUAAACGUACAACCUGUUCCUAAAGUCCAGAGGCAGCACGUGCCCGAAGCCCCUCGUCGCCGCGAGCCCACUCCGUACACCUUCUGGCAAGAAAGCAGCGAGACCGCUCCUUCCUUCACCUUCCAGUUGAGGCCCAGGGUCAUGCAGGCCAGGGACACUUGUAAGCUGCUCUGCUGCUUGAGUGGAAAACCACCUCCGACUGUCAAAUGGUACAAGGACAAACGCGAGCUAUCGAAGUACGACUACGCGAUGUCCAACUCCGACGGCGUGGUGACGAUGGAGAUCAUCGACUGCCGGCCCGAGGACAGCGGGAAGUACUCGUGCGUCGCCACCAACGUGCACGGCACGGACGAGACCUCUUGCGUCGUCAUCGUUGAGGGUGAAGUUGUGAGCGAGGAACAAGCGGCCUUAGCCCACAACUUGCUGCAUUCAGGCGAGAGACGAUACAUCGAGAAACACCUUAAGCCUGCGCCUGCGCCGAUCAUUACUAAGACUAAGGUGACAAUUGAUCCGCCAAGCAAAUCCACCACGAUGAGGCCGAAGUAUUCACCGCAGAGCUCGGUAGAGGCCAGUAAGAAGAAAUAUGGCUCCAAAUUAGACUCGGACUCCGCGUCUCGGUCGAGGAGUGCCACAAAGGAGUUAAUAUUGCCGGCGGCCGACGCGAGCAUGUGCGCGCCAUCGUUCGCGCGCGCUCUGCCGGACGCGUGGGCGGCUAGGGACGGCGCGCCCUUGCUGCUUUCCUGCGCGGUGCGGGGAGACCCCGACCCUCGAGUGGAGUGGUUCAAGAAUGGGCAGCCGCUGCACUCUUCCGAGGUUGUGGACCUCAAAUACAAGAACGGCGUAGCGUCGCUGGCCAUCAAUGAAGUGUUCCCGGAAGAUGAGGGUGUUUACUCUCUGAAGGCCAUCAACAGUCAGGGAGAAGUCGAGACUAAGUGCAGCGUCAGCGUCAAAGCAUCAGACGGAGGCGCCAGCGCCAAGUUGGGCGACAAGCCUCCCCGGAUAGUGGACCAUGCCAUCUCGCAGAUCGUCAACGAUGGAGAUGCUGUCACAUUGUCGUGCAGAAUAACGGGUGCCGAUCGUUUCGAUGUGGUCUGGCUGCACAACAACAAGGAGAUUAAGCCCUCGAAGGACUUCCAGUACUCCAGCGAAGCCUCCAUUCACAAACUGCACAUCGCCGAGAUAUUCCCAGAAGACGCUGGUGUGUACACGUGCGAGGCGUUCAAUGACGCGGGUGAAUCGUUCUCGUCGUGCACGUUAGUUGUUCGUGUCUCUGGCGAAGAGGUCACAACGCCCCAGUACACGAGUUUCCCUAACUCCACGACUACGGUUAGCGCCGAGCCGGCUGCCUUUAUAGCUGAGCUGGACAAGCCACCACUUCAACUCCAAUGGCUGAAGGACGGCAAACCCAUAGACGAAACGUCAACCCGCUACCGAUUCACAAUGGAAGGCGACUCCAAGUAUCGCUUUGAGAUCGCGUCCAGCUCGAGCGACGACAGUGGCCAGUACCAAGCGCGCGCCGUCGGCUCCAAGGGCGACUCCUUCGCGGCUUUCUACCUUAACGUAGUCGACAACUAAACGACACUGACUGACAUGAAACAUUUAAAGUAGCGGCCCCGACACGGCACCCUGUGCGACACCAUGACACUCACACAAAAAAAACGCUAUUUAUUCGAACUUUUCAUACGAUUUUUUUAUACUAUACGGAGUCUUCGAAACUCGUUUAAAUAUAUUAUAAUUAAUUUUAAAAUA